CGGAGCCUCACCGCCGCGAUUUUAGUAUAAUCGCUCCAAAACUCGGCUCAGAAAAAAAAAAUUCAGAUUUUGGUGAUUUCGUGAUUGAAAUCAGUCUAAAUACUGUGUAUAAGUGGUAGUAGCAAAAGAAACCGAGUUUAAUUGAAGUAAAUAGCUUAAAAAUGGUGAUUUAUGUCGAAAAAUAGGACUUUACUCUGGAUUGCCCUAGUAACUCCUAUGUUCAUUCUAUUUUAUCCCACCAAUUAAAAACAAUAUAAUUUUUAAUAUAUUUUAAUCAGAAACGUGGUGAAAAUCGAAAUUGCCCUUAAUGAAACCAAGUAUUUACAGGAUCCAACCUAAACUAUUUGACUCGACCCACUAUUAGUCGGAUCCUUAACCAGAUCCGCGCGUUCCUUUCUUUUUUCUCUUCCUUUGUCGUCUCUCACUCUCUUCUAAACCUUCUAAACCUGAAAAUUGAAAAAAAAAUCCUAGAAUCGACGAAAACGAUGAAGCCCACCGCAUUGACUGUUUCCUUCACUGCUUCUUCUCUGAUUUUCCCUUAGUCCCUCGUGCCCUUCCUUGUUACUCUGAUUUCAUCAUUUCCCCAAACCAGUCUGUAACCCUAGAUUUGACGAAAUCAAUUGAAAAAAUUGAUCGAAUCAACUGCUCCUGCGGCGUAUUCUGUUCUCCCGCUCCUUCUGUCGGUGACGCAAUCGACGGAACCCUAGACUUCAUCUCCCAUCUCCUGUUUUCGUUCUCGUCUCUUACGUGUAAAAGGUAUUUUCUCUAGGGCAAUUUUUGAUUGAUUUUGUUGUGGGUUUGGGUUUGAAAGUCCGUUUGAAAGUAUUGUGGUUGAAAAUCGGUUAGGUUCAGAUUUUUUUCAGAAUGAGGAUUACAGAGACUGAAACUUGGACACGUUUGGUUUUGAGGUUAUAGAGAUUAAAAGUUUGGUUUCAGAUUUGAGAUAAGUCUAGUAAUUAUUGAAGACUAACUGUUUUGGUGAUAGAGUGUCCUAGACUAUUUGAUAUGUGAAACCGAGUUGAGUGAUUGAUUAAUUGUGAUGUAGUGAUCGAAUUGAUUGGUUGGAGUUUUAUUAUUGAAUGAAUGAUUUAGGGUUUUGAGAUCAGACAGCUAUAAGAAUCAAUGAUUUAUUUUGUAGAUAUUUCAUUGAAUGGGUUUGUUAGCGUUGGUGGUUAUUGAACGUUUAUUGUGUAUGUAUAUAUUCAGGGGAUCAAGAUAUUGAGAGGCUAUAGAUAAUGGCAGGCCGAGGUCGAGGGAGAAAAAAAUCUCAGCAGAAAAAGUCCACAAAAAGAAACAGUGCUCCUGUAGAAGAGCAGCAUGUAGAAGAACUUUCAACAGAGAAUGAUAGUGAUGAUCUGUCAGCACACGGAAUUGAGUCUGAUAAUCAGGGAACCGAUAAUCAGUCUGCAUCAUCUCAGGAGUGCCAACCACUGCCACCUGAUGAGCUAUGUUUCAAGAACACCGAGUUCACCCAGACGUGUAAGAUACAGAGCAAGUGUUAUGUGACCGAGACGGUGAAGUUUCUGAAGAAGGCUAGGUUUAAGCCUGAGCUCCAGUGGUUUGAAAACCACCCUCAGUUUUGCCAUUUUUUCCACAUGCCCGAUGAACCAAACUUGAAGCUGCAGGGUAUGUGGAUGCUUCUACUGCGCACUGUUCCUUUACAUGAGUCAGAGGACACAUCUUGGUUUGCUGUUAAUGGAGUGCCCAUUCGGUAUUCAAUGAGAGAGCAUGCUCUCAUCUCGGGAUUGGACUGCCAUGACUACCCGGCUAAGUAUAAGAAGAUUGGAAGCUUUGCGUUUGUAGACAGGCAUUUCAAAUCACAUAAGGAGAUCACUAUGCUAUCUGUGAGAGAGAAGUUGUUGAGUAUGAGUGCGUGUGGGGAUCGACUCAAAAUGGCAGUGCUGUACUUCUUAGGCACGAUUAUCAGAGGGAAGGGAAGGUAUAAUGCCCCGUUCGACCCUUUCAUAUUAAGAAUCGUCACCGAUGUGGAGGUUUGUAAAACCUUUCCUUGGGGUCGGUUGACGUUUGAAGAUGCUCUCCGGUCCAUCACUCGCGUGAUGAAGCAUCUGAAAGGGAAACCUAAGAAUAAUGUCAACUUUCCCGGGUUCAUAAUUCCUUUGGAGAUUCUGGCAUUUGAGUGUAUCCCAGCUCUGAAAGCACGAUUUAGAGAAGGUGUAGAAGGCUGUAUGAGUAAGUGUCCGAGGAUGUGUAAAAAGCGGUUCCAAAGUAACAGCAUGAAGGGCUAUCCUCUUGAGGAUUUGUACGACACACUAGGAGAAAUUAAGGUUAUUGAAAGUGUUCUUGUUCCUACUGUUGAUGAGGAACCUCUCAUGGCACGCUUAAUGGAUGGGGAGCCAGACUAUGAAAAUGAAGAAGGCGUGAGUAAUUUGUGGAGCACGUGGUUGACUGUUAAGGAGAAGCCUAUCUUUUGGCAAGAACUCUAUGAGUUAGAUGUGGCUGCAAGGGAGUUUCCUCAGAAGAAAGACAAAAGGAAAGUGCAUGAAGAAGCAUCCUCCUCUAAUACAAGUUUGGAGGACGUUUUGAAAGGGUUUGAAGAGAGGUUGAUGACAAGUUUGAGUGAAGUGAAUGGGAAGGUGGAAAAAAUGAACAAGAGGCUUGGGAAGAUUGAACGUUGCCAAGUUGUUUUAAAAAAGAGGUGUAAAAGGAUGAAGGCAAUGGAGAAGAAGCUUGAGAAGAUUGAAGAUUGUCAAUAUUAUUUAAAAAAGAAGGCCAAGAAGGUGGAGAAAGAAAUGAAGGAAAUGAAAGAGAAGGAGGAGGAUAAGGAGAACAAUGACGGUUUCGACUAUCAAGGCAUGGAUUAUGACUGGGAUGGGCAGCGGAAUGACAGCAAUGGAGCGGACGCAACAACCAAAGAACCUGAAGAUGCAGAUAUGGUUGAAAAUACAGAGGUGGUAGAAGAGAAAGAGAGUGAAGAAGACGCUCAGAAGGACGAUAGAGGUUCUGAGGAAGAGACAGAACCUGAACCUGAAGCAGAAGCAGAAGCUGAAGAAGAAAAAGAAAAAGAGGAUGAGGAAGAGAGUGAAGAAGAGGCUCAGAAGGAACCUGAUGAGGUUGAGAUGAAUGAAGCCAAUGAGAUUGAAGAAGAGGUUAAAACAGAGGCUCGGGUUGAAGUUGAAACAGAGGCUCGGGUUGAAGUUGAAACCGAGAAAACUCCUACACCACCACGUGGUAGGACUAAGGCAGCAGCUGCGAGGAGACAAAUCCUAACAACACCAGAAAAGUUGUUCGGAAAGGCUGAAAAAAUGGUUGAGAAAGAGGUGAAAGAACCAGAGGAAGAGGGUGAAAAAAUGGUGGAGGAAGAGGUGAAAGAACCUGAGGAAGAGGGUGAAAAAAUGGUGGAGGAAGAGGUGGAAGAACCUGAGGAAGAGGGUGAAAAAAUGGUGGAAGAAGAAGUGUUAGAGCCUGAGGAAGAGACUGGAAAAAUGAUGGAGGAAGAGGUGGAAGAAUCUGAGGAAGAGGCUGUAAAAAUGGUGGAGGAAGAGGUGGUAGAGCCUGAGGAAGAGGCUGGAAAAAUGGUAGAGCCUGAGGAAGCGGCUGGAAAAAUGGUGGAGGAAGAGGUGGUAGAGCCUGAGGAAGCGGCUGGAAAAAUGGUGGAGGAAGAGGUGGAAGAACCUGAGGAAGAGGUGGAAGAACCCGAGAAAGAGACUGAAAAAUAUACUGAGGAAGAAAAGCAAGAGUGGUACAUGGUUGUCUACGAAGGCAGUACUUGUGAAACGAAGGAAACUGACAAGGGAGCAGCCAAGCCUUCUGGAACUGGGGUCAAGCAUAGGCCAAAACAAAUGGCAUUGAGGAAGCACGCUACUAAGCAGGCUCCUAAGCCGAGGGGUAGACCGAGAAAGGAUACUGAACCAAAGAAGUUCACAACGCCAGAACAGACAAAAAGGAUACGUUCACGUUCACAGUGGGUUUCCACUCCUUUCACUGAAGCUAACACUGAUGAGAUUGAAGGGCGCAAGAAGAAGCCUAGAACAAAGGCGUAG